AUGUAUCAAUCAUCUCCUGAGAAACGAAAAUAAAUGCAGAUGCAUGGAAGACCAAUGGAAGACAUGACUUGCAUUAUUGAUUGCGGAUAUAUUGGUUCUCUCUUUCUAGGAAACAUAGAAAGUGCAACCGAUCUUGCUCAACUAAAAAAAAAUAGAAUAACAGCUAUUUUAUCUAUCUGUGUGUCUAAAAUACCAUUUACUGUUAGUUCAUAAAUGAAAUAAUAUGAACAUAUCAUCUUGGAAGAUAGUGAGAAUGAGAAUAUUUAUCGAUAUUUUAAUUCUUCUUUUGAAUUUAUUGAUAAAGGAAGACAAUCAGGAAAUGUUUUAGUCCAUUGUAUGGCUGGUAUUUCCAGGAGUGCUGCAUUAGUUGCCGCUUAUUUGAUGAGGAAACAUAAUAUGUCCUCAAAAGAGGCUUUGCAAUAAUUGGAAAGGAAGAGAUGGUAGGUUUAUCCUAAUGAUGGUUUUAUCAAGUAGUUACUGUUAUACGAAAAAGAAUUGAAUCAAUAAGAAUAAGAAAUAACAUAUAACUGGAAUGGAAAAAUAAUAUAUAAUUAAUAAAAUAACAUAAAAAGUUAAACAAGUUCUACAGAUAGGUUAAUUACUAAGAUAAGUAAGUUUAAUGAUGAUGAAGCUAUUUCUAAUGAGUAUUCUAAAAUCAGAAAGAAGUACAUAGAUGAAGAGAAAUCUCUAGAUUUUAUGCAGAAAUCAAACUAAUAUUAAUUAUAAUAAUAAAGGAAAACUCAAUUUGAAAUAUUGAAUAAUGGAAUUAAUAUUCAGAUUUAGAGACUAUAAUAGCUAUCUGCUAGUAAUAGAAAUCUUAAUGCAUUUGAACCUAAAUAAACUAUUAUUACCGAUAACCAGCAAAAAAAAAGAGCAUUAAUGGAUGCAAUAAACAAUUUCAGCAAGAAUACAACAAAUAACAAAGGAAUACAACUGGAGACAACAUUAUAUGUUCCAAAAAAAUAAGAAUUUUCAAGCAAAUACUUACCUACUACAACAAGAGAUUAACCAUAAAAUUAUGGCUUCAAGGCUGCUAAUAAUUACUAAUAAAAACUAGAUACUCUGCUUAAUUAGUUUGGCAAGAAGUCUACAUACUAAUACAACUGA